AUUGAGUUUGUCAUUUUUGAGUAUUCAUUUUCCCGCCAAAUUUUCAAUCCAAACAAGCCGUCUUCUUCUUCCUCUUUGAUUCCUUCUUUUUCCCUCCAUCCAAUGCCAGCGGAUGCCAGUCUCCUCGGCAGCAGCAGCCCUAGUCUGCGUGCGAGUACAAGCUCAAUUGCGACCGCCCUGCACUCGCCGGUCUCGCCGGUGGGCUCGGUGCCCAGCAACCUCCUCCACACUCAAGCGAUCGCCCAGUUCAAGGUCAUCCUGGUGGGCGACGCGUCCGCCGGCAAGACGUCGCUGCUGCACCGCUUCAUCCACGGAUUCAUGCCCGAGCACACUGUCGCGACGAUCGGCGUCGACUUUGACGCGCGCGAGGUCUUCCAUCCGCGGACGGGCCAGUUUGUGCGCAUCCACCUGUGGGACACGGCCGGCCAGGAGCGCUACCGCACAGUCACAACGUCCUACUACCGCGCAGACGGCUGCUUGCUCGUCUACGACCUCACAAGCCCAAAAGCACUCGCGUCCGUCCGGUACUGGCUCGACGAGGUUGCAGAGUGGGCGCCGUCCUCGAUUGUCACCCGCGUCGUGGGAAACAAGGCCGAUCUCGAGGACAAGCUCACCCAGGAGCAGGUGGGCAACAUCCAGGCCAUCGAGACCCUUGCUACAUGCCAAGGCGCGACCGCAUCGCGGAUGAGCGUUGCGCAGAACGCAGACGCCGUCGACGAGCUCUUUGUCAAUCUGAUCGACGCCAUGCUCGACCAGGCGACCGCCUCUACAGCCAUUCUGGCAACCAGCCCGUCAUCCCAGCGCGACAUCCGAUCGCCCAGCUUUUCUCUCCACGGCAGGAGAGACUCGUUGGGCGCACACUCUGUCGCAUCCACCUUGCUCGAGUCCUCGUCGUCAGCGUCCUUCUCGCCGCCCUCAGGCCGACGAUCCCCGUUUCAGAGCCUGCUUGCACUGCGAAAACCAUCCGAUAGUCCAGGAUCCGCCAGCUCCACCACCACUACUAGCAGCUCCCUCAGCAAUCCCAGCAUGGGCAGCAUUGAAUCUUUCGUUGCCCGCUCGCCCAGUCCGACCUCGGCUCGCACCGAGGCGGCACGUCGCAAGCGAAAGCAAGCUGCCAAUCUAGAGUUUAUUGAAGUUCGCAAAUCAAGUCGGUGUUGCGUUAUUUCAUGAGCUGCCAAGCUCGACAAGUUUUUUGUUUUGCUGCUGUUUUAUAUAAGUGUUGUGAUUUCAC